UGUGGGACGGGCCUGUGACGCGCGCGGCCAGCGUGUCUGAAUAAAAACGCACCAACACAAAGUGCUAAUGAAAAGGUGGCGGUGCAUCACAUCUAUUUGAUAUUAACGCUGAGUCCAGAGGAGAGCAACAUGUGGCCUCAUCAGUAACAACUGCAGCAGCAUCUCGCGACACUCAGCACGGUGCCAGAGCUAUGGGCAGUAAGAGCGUGGCAGCCCCCGUGCCCCUCCACCCCUCCCUGCCUCUGGGGGGGUACUCUCUGCUCCAAAGCACCACAGGGCUACAGCUGCCGGCAGAGCACCUCCACGGUUAUGGCUUCAGUGCCCUUCAUGCUGUGCACCUACAGCACUGGGCCCUGUACCCCCCUCUGCCCCUGUCCCGGAGAGCGCUGACUAAGAUCCCGGCUCACUGUUCCUCUGUGGCCUCCUUCCCCCUCUUCCCUCAGCUGCUCAGACCCAGACUCAGCUCCAAGACUAAACCUCGUUUUGACUUUGCUAACCUGGCCGCAGCAGCCACACAGGAGGACAGUGUGAAGGUGGAGGACCUGAGCAUGAGCAGUAUCCACAGCCCCCCUUCUCAGCCCCCCCGCUCAGGUUAUCUUUGCCAGGACAAGGUGCCCCCUCCCUCUGAAAGAAGGUCCAGCCGAGGCCGAAUGCCCUCCAAGACCAAGAAAGAGUUUGUCUGUAAAUUCUGUGGACGCCAUUUCACCAAAUCAUACAACCUGCUGAUCCAUGAGCGUACACACACGGACGAGAGGCCGUACACCUGUGACAUCUGCCACAAAGCCUUUAGGAGACAGGACCACCUCAGGGACCAUAGGUACAUCCACUCCAAAGAGAAGCCCUUCAAAUGCCUGGAGUGUGGAAAAGGUUUCUGUCAGUCGCGGACUUUGGCUGUGCACAAAACCUUACACCUCCAGGUCAAAGAACUGCGGCCGCCUAAGGUCAAAUGAGCAGAGUGUCCAGGAGCACAGGAGCAGACUAAGUGACCAGCGCUCUGCUGAGGGGAAUCUAAGCCAAAGACAUUUUUUAGCUCAAAAACCCCAAUGUAUAAAACAUUCCACUGUUAAUACUAGACCAAUAUACCAAUAGAUGUAUGUAUCUAUUUUUGCACUUUGACUUGAUUGUAGAUUUUUAGUCACUGGAUUUCUUAAAGUGUACAUAGUCCUCAUUUGUAAUAGUAUUUUACUGCAGGUUCUCUCUGUGUUCUAACUGUAGCAUAUUUACUAUAUGACAAACAGGUUUAAUCAAAGUAUAUGACAUUUCUUAAUGUGUGUUCAAUGACAAUGACAAUUCAAUAAAGCUCAUUGAUUCUGAACAG